CACACACCUGAGACUCGCACACCCGCACCCACAGCUUACAGCUCGCUUCCUGAGGCAUUACUGCCCAACCAACUCACGACCACGCAGUUCCACACGGUUCCUCCUGCUGAUCUCCCGCCGUGUUUUCGCCACUUCUUAACAGCAUCCCCCAUCUUGUCCUUCUUGCUCGCCCGGGCUUGACUCGCUCCACUAUCAUCUUGCUACUCAAAACUACUCCUUUUCUCGACCCAAAGGAUAUCUCUGCUUUGCUUUUUUUGAACACAGCAUCGUUCCACAAGGAGAACAGGCCUGUUCUGGGGAACUUUGCCGUUGUACUCGCGCCCCAAGGAUUCACGCCUCUUGCCUCCACAGCCGUGGUGCAGAGCAGCAACACACUCAGUUGUUACACACAAGGACCACUCGUGUAUCAAUCACCUUUGACAAAAUUCGUCGGGUGUUGAUACAUUCAACCCACUGGGAUUUUUGAGCAGCCGCUCUGGAGAGGAUGACCACCGUUGUCACAUCAAACCGUUCGGAUACCAUGUCCGGAUACCACUUGGAUAGAAGCGAAGUCCAAAGCCCUUCUAGUUACACACAAGCCGGUGUUAUGUCUCCAAACUCUUCCGGGAUUUUUCCUUUCUCUCAAACAGGACCAUCAGCUGAUCCUUCGGGAUCAGCGUGGGACACUACGACAGUAGAAGGACCACAGAACUUCUUUGCAGACCAAGGAGAAGCCGAGGAUUAUUCUUUCACAAUGGGCCACUUUUCUGCCGGGAAACCACAAACCACUUCUUCCGAGGACUUUCAAGCCACAUGGAUGCCAGCUCCCACAGCUGCAGGUGAGAAGACUCACAAGGCUGAGCCUAUGAGAAGGAUCUCCGCACGCGGCCCUGCCAAGAGCCACCGGAUCUCGAAGGGUUCUUCGAGCAAGAGCCAGCCAAGGCCUCAGUCAAUCAUGUCUCAGGGCGCCUCCAUGGCGUCGAAAUUUGACAUCUCAGGUAAUGCUGCAAGCACGUUCCAGGAUGGGCCACUCGGAAACACCCGUUUGAUGGACGUUUCCCAGUAUCUCUACCAACAGUCUGCCCCCAUGACAACAUCGCCGGAGAUGGUCACGUCAGGCUUCUACCCCCAGAUGGACGGUCUGCCCGUCGCCGGACUGGCGUUCAAUGAUUUCUCUGUGAACCCUAAUGCCAUCCCUUUGGACUUCGACACCAGCAUGUCUGGUGGGUCGCCCGCACAGUCCUGGGACAACCUGAGCGAGGGCUCCUGCGCCUCGAGGGAGGAAGUCUGGCCGCUGGCCUUGCAACACUCGCCCCUUACGAGUGUCUCCUCCAACUCCCCAGCCCUUCAGUCCCUGGACACUUUCAGCCUGCCCGCCCACGCAUCUCAACCCAUGAUGGCACCAGAGGACCUUGAAGCCAACAUGAUCCCCACCAUGGGAGACGAGCAAGUCUCGAUGGCUGGCUGGACUGGUCGCCGAACCGUCGGCGAAGGUGAGUCUGCGCGGGAUCAUCCACUCUACAAGAAUGCGUAUCCCAAGGCGGACGGCCUCUUCCACUGCCCGUGGGAGGGACAAGCAAGCUGCAACCACAAGCCCGAGAAGCUCAAGUGCAACUAUGACAAAUUCGUGGACUCCCACUUGAAGCCCUACCGCUGCAAGGUCGACUCGUGCGAGAACGCCAGGUUCUCUUCUACUGCGUGUCUCCUCAGGCACGAGCGUGAGGCCCACGCGAUGCAUGGACACGGAGACAAGCCCUACCUGUGCACCUAUGAAGGAUGUGACCGAGCCGUUCCUGGCAAUGGAUUCCCCCGCAACUGGAACCUGCGUGACCACAUGCGCCGCGUACACAACGACAAUGGGUCCACCCUGGGCGCCCGCUCAGGACCUCCCUCGCCAAGCGGAAGCAUCUCGAAGGAGUCGUCCAAGACCAGGAAGAGGAAGAGCGAGCCCACCGGUAAGGCCGUACCUGGCCGCAAGUCCCCCAAGCCGGUCAUGGACGCGGAGAUGCCCAAGGUCGAGGACGCCUCUAUCAAGCUCCGCGGCGAGUGGGCCGAGAUCCAGGCUUCCCUUCCUAGUCUGGUUACCUCUUUCCCCCAGGCGGAUGACCCCGCGGUCAUGGAACACAUCAACGCUGUCCGGGACCGUCUGGAUGCCAUGACAAGGAUCCACAAGGACCUGUUUGCCCACAACCACCCAGGCCUCGUCCAGCAGCAAUACAACCAUUUCGCUCAGCAAUCCGGCUGAAUGAAUUUUGACGCCAACUGAGGAAUUUCCAAACCAUAGACUGCAAGUGCAAAGAGCUGUCGACCCCUGGACUGAGCCAGAAUGAGGACCUAUUCUUCGUCCCCAACACUCCACGAGCCCAGCCGUGUCGAGCGGGAGACGACGCUGGCCUCAUACCAUCGCGCCCGGGAAGGUUCGCACCAUCUUGCGCCAGGCAGGAAUUGCCUUCGGGAAAUGAUGCUGAAGACGCAGCCCAUGCUUGAAGCGUCCCCGGACGAGAAUGACGCUCCGGGACCAUCCCACCAAAUUUGACUUCAACGUUCCCUACCAAAGGAAGACGCGCCGAGGACAGCCACCUCAAGGAGCGACCCAGGGAAAGGAAUGGAACCUGCCCAGCGCCAUCGCAGGCAGUGAUUGACCUGCGAUUUGAUAUUGAUUGUUGAUGCAUUGAACACAAAACAACAUGGAGAAUGAAUAAUUUGCAUUCGAGGAUUUCGGUUCAUGACGGGCAUGUAAACACAUAGAUCACUUCUUGUAUCGAAGGGCGACCUUCGUUGGAUGAACAGGACAAAGCACCAGGCAACAGAAUCAUCUUGUUAGUUUUAGCAUUGUUUUCUUUUUUUUUACCCUUAUUUUUUCCUUUCUGUCUCAUGGGCGUCAGCGAGGUUGCACGUUUGUUUGGUCACUGCUAUUUCUGGAUGGAUACGGGUUAGCGUUGGAACGAAAGAAAAAUAAGAAAAUUGCGUUGUCGAAUUGUCUCCGGUCUCCGGUCGCUCGUCCUCCAAGGCGUGUCUGUCAAGUUCACGUAGUGAUGUUGCCACGGGCGUGGUGACCAUUCAGGUUUUCGUGUCCGUGUCCGUCCUGCGAUCCGACUUCAGGAGGUCCUCGUCGACGGUCAGCAGCACGCGGCGCAAUCGUGACCGCACGACGCGCGAGAGACCAGCUUCGCCAUCGGUCGGCUGCUCGUAACAGACUGACUGGCGGAUGAAGACAUGAACACCUUUGCCCGGUUAAUCUCGAUGAGGAGGUGGGUUGUCGGCCAGGCUCAGGACUCAGAAAACAGCAGC